AUGCCUCCCUUACCAGGCUUCUCAGACAACCCAUUCGAAUCCCGGACGGACCUCGUCCGAGCCGCAAAGGCUAUUAUCGCGGCACUGGAGCCGUACAAGAGCAAGGCCAAUUCGAGGAUCAAAAUCCCGGUCGCGACAGCAGCAGGAUUCGACGAAACCGCAGCGCAACUGGAGGGGUUCGCUCGUCCGUUAUGGGUAGUCCCAUUCCUCCUGAAUGACCAUGUCGAUAAUGUCAACCUAGCAUCAUGGGUUCACGGUUUACAGGCAGGUACGGAUCCAAGUUCACGAGAAUAUUGGGGCGACCUUACAGACUUCGACCAGAGGAUGGUUGAGAUGGAGUCCAUUGCUGUCGCGCUCCUGGCUGCCCCGAAUGCGUUCCUCGGACCCAUGCCAGCUUCUGCGAGACUGAAUCUUAUUACCUGGCUGCGGCAGAUAAACGAUCAUAAAAUGCCCCAGAAUAACUGGCUCUGGUUUCGAGUGUUUGUCAAUCUUGCACUGACAAAGACCCUUGGGAUACCCCGAGAUGAGCUCCAAGAGCAGAUCACCGCCGACCUCAAUACACUGGACACAUUCCGGAUCGGCGAAGGAUGGUCCAGUGAUGGCGCCUGGGGUGCUGAGCGGAAACAGGCAGACUAUUACUCUGGGAGCUUCGCCAUCCAGUUUGCGCAAUUGCUCUAUGUCCGUUUCAACAGCGAGGAUCAUGCCAGAGCAGAGCAGUAUCGUCGGUCAGCCAGAAAGUUUGGAUCAGUCUUCUGGCGGUAUUUUGACACUAAUGGUGCUGCUAUUCCCUUCGGUCGGAGCAUGACCUAUCGCUUCGCCUUUGCGGCCUUUUGGUCUGCAGCAGCUUGUGCGGACGUUCAAUUGCCUGAACCAUUGGCAAGCAUUGGCUCUGUUAAAGGGAUGCUCCUGCGACAUUUACGCUGGUGGUCAAAGUGCCCUGAUAUCUUCAACGUGGACGGCACGAUGAACAUCGGCUUCACGUACCCGAACAUGUACCUGGCCGAGAACUACAACUCUCCACAGUCGGUGUACUGGUGCUUGAAGUCAUUUACUGUCCUUAUGCUACCGGAAGACCAUCACUUUUGGCGGACACCGGAGCUCCUGCAUCCGUCCCUUGUUACGCCUACCCUGCCACGAGUGCAGGUCGUCUGGCCGCCGCGACAUAUCCUAUGCAAUAGCCCCGAGCAUCACUUCCUCCUGUCAUCAGGCCAAAUGACGAGGAAAGCACACAAGGCUCGGGAGGCUAAAUAUGGGAAGUUUGCAUACUCCUCUGCAUUCGGAUUUAGUGUACCAUGUGGGCCUCUCCAUGAACAAAUUGCACCGGAUAGUGCUCUAUCUGUAAGCCAUGAUGACGGUGAGACAUGGAAAGUUAGAUCGGAACCAUUCGAUGAGAGCAUUGUCGGUAUCAAGAUAUCUGGCCGGGAUCCAAGAGUAAUUCCAGCUAUUUCCAGCGUGUGGCGCCCAUGGAAGUACCUCGACCUGACCAUUACAACGAUACUGGCCCCGCUGAUGGUGGAAUUCCCAGGAUGGCACGUUAGGCUACACAGAAUUAAGAGUAAGCGUACACCAGAGCAAUUUCAGUGGAAGAGGAUUGAACUGGUGGAUGCCGGGUUUGCAUUGGAUGCCCAAACCUGCGCUGGUGGGCUCAUUCCGGAGGUCCAGUCAGUGUCCGGUAAGGUGGAAGGGCACUACGUGACCAGCUCUGAGUGCCUAAUCAAGUCUCGUGCUGGGGCAAGCGGCAUUGUGGAUUUCACAGAGCAAUCCUGUAUCUCGGCCCAGGGUAUCAAAAUGGACAUCCAAACAGGGGGUUCCGUGAUGAGGGCAGACCCAAACACCAACAUCAUUGCUUCCAGGACCUUAAUCCCGUGCGUACGUAGUAACAUUGCAGUCGUUGGACAAGGGCAGACUGACAAUAUGGACGUUGAAUACUGGCUGGUGUCCGGGAUCUUUGCGGUAACAGCGAGUGCCGGCUUGGGGCAGGACACUAUUGAUAACAUGUGGUUGAAUAGACCACGGCCAUCUAUUAGAAUACUGGGUGAUGAUGUGACCAUUGCAUUUGAAUAA